AUGGAACUGAGAGAUUACCCAGAUCGCGAUCCGAUAUCACCGCCCGUGGACUGGGAACCCACGAGCCCCUCGAUCGCGAGAAAACCCAUCGGCUCCGUCAAGCAGCCCUCGCCUUAUACGUCCCCCGACUUCUCCUCGUCCUUCGCCCAGCGCGCAGCUUUCCAGCGACAAACCACAAGCGAUACGGCCUACUAUGGCGCUUCGACACCGUUGGGGAUAUGGGAGCCGAGUCAUCCCCACGCGCCGGGCUCCGGACGGCCGCAGAACUAUAGGGAAAACAGCCAGGCUUCGCUGUUGACGCGCGAUGCUUCAAAUGAUAGCCCGCCGAAUGUGCCCCGAGGACCUCCAGAGCCUCCAGGCCCAGGAUAUCUGGGCAUUCCAGGACCUCCCCCUCCAACUUCCCCGCCAAAAGGCAAGUUCCUCCAUUGGUGGAUCAACGAAUGGAAGCCAUCAUGGAGCAUGUAUGUCCUGGUCUUCUCAGGUAUCGCAUUCGCAGUAGGCCAUCAUUUCUACUAUCGCAACCUCCACGGAGAGGUAGCCGUUGAUCAGCAGGGCAAGUUUCGAUACGGCGCGCUUCUCGCAUUCCUCUCGAAAGCAUGCUUCUUGAAUGCUGUGGUGCUGGCCUUCCGUCAGCGUGUCUUGAUGAUGAUCCGUCGUAAGAUGCUUACGCUCUCUACUCUCGACUCGCUCUUCGCCGCAUCAGAAGAUCUGACGGCCCUGCUCAAUUGGGAGGCUUGGGUCAACGCCAAGUUCGCCAUGGCGCUGACCAUCUUCAUCUGGACAUCGCCCCUCAUUGUCAUCUUCACAUCCUACACUCUGACCGUCCAACCGCAACGAAAGGAGGAAAUAACACAAUGUCAAAAUGUUCGCACUCUUAACUUCUCCCACGAGUCCCAGGUCUACUGGAGGACCCCGGCCAAAGUUGACAACUGGUUUGAGUCAUCCGUUUCACUCUGGAAUACCACCGUGUUGCCCGGACAGGAGAACAUCGACGAAGACGACCCCGAUGACUUUGACUACUACACUGCUUCCAGCCAACAGUUUAAUACCAUCGCUUUAAAAACAGCAUAUGUGCAGCAAGCCGUCAUGCGCCCCAAGGCGCCCCAGGAGAUCUGCGGCAAGGGCUGGAACUGCUCUUAUGUUGUUGAGUUCGUUGCCCCGGGGUACAAGUGCCAGGGCUUGGCCUCGGGAGUGAACGCAGAGGUCAAGAAGCUUGGUGACGCAGAGUGCCCAUUUAAUACAUCGGUUCUCGCGCCCAUGGGAAAUUUGACCUAUUACGCAAUGCUGGAUCGAGGCGAUUACGAAAACCCCCAGAUGAUCGCAGAAGCUGGCGGAAGACCCAAGGCGAAACGACCCUAUCCCAAGAACUUAGGAACUUUCCGGACGGAACCCAUCUUGUGGUUUGGCUACGCUGAAGUCGAAGACAGAUCGAAGCCACAGCCCGCAAAGCCAUUGGAGGGUGACUGGUUCAAAGCAUACACCCCCACCAUUUUCGGGUGCGAACACUACCAGACCAAGUACAAGGUUCAGUUCAAUUACACUGGUCAAGUACAGACUCACCAUGUGAAGAGUCGGAAGUUUCUCAAAAAGGUUAUUGACACGACCUUUCUGCCAGGGGUAAAGGACCCUGACAAGAGACUCAAGGACCGAACCGUAGCGGAGCCAGAGAAGAAUUAUGUGCAUCCGCGGGAUAUCGAGAAGUAUCGCAUAACAGCCGCAUACCACGCUGUGGGAAGCCAGUUACGGACGAUUCUGAACGGCACUAUCACGAUGCCUAAUUUUGUUGUCAAUAGCCAGAUCCUCCAGACGAGGCUUCUCGAACGGCUCAACUACCUCCCAAUCGCGAACUUUCCCGAAGAACUGCAAAUGUUUUACGAAGAAAUUCUGGUAUCAUUCCUGUCCGAUCCGCAGAUGUCCGCUGUAUCGUGGGCUUCCGACCCGUCCCAGUACAGCGGAAAGUUCGAGGGCGGGGUGGACAGAGAAUUUCCUUGUGUGAGGUGGCAAGUCAGGAACUGCUUCUUCUACAACUACGCGCAGCUAUGGGCAGUGUACGCGAUAUCAAUGGGUAUUACCAUCCUUGCGGUCGCGUCAGGCAUCACGGCCAUGGAGGAAGACGCCAUGAUGCGCAGUCUGAGCUUCUCUGCUAUUCUCGCCGCCACGAGAGCGUCGAGUUUAGAUAAGUUGCGGUGGGAGAGGGAAGCCGACCUCAAGAGCAGCAAGAUUGGCUUUGGUGUCGUGGCUGAUCACACCGGUGAAAGGACGUAUUCUUUCGGCGUGGAAGGCGACGUUAGUCAGGAAAAAGCCAUGUCGACGGGCCGUUCGCCGGGUAUCUCGGUGAUGAAUUGGGGAGAUAGGACGGCGCGCAGAGUGAGCUAUGCCAUGGUGAAUAAGAGGGACAGGCAGGAAAAUUAG